AUGCCACCUUGGAAUCAAGUCUCACUGCCAGGGGACGCCUGGAACACAGCACCUGUACCGGACCAUAGCACCGUGAUGCAGGCUUCUGGCAGCGACUGGUCCUCCCAUGGCCACGCUGUGACGGCCCAGGACUUACAGGCCCUUGAAGCCUCGUCCUGGUUGAAUGUGCCCCACGGUUCUGUAGAUAUGGGUUUGUCCCCUGUUCUGAGCCAAGAGAGCCAGAGCACGCAUACCCUCAACACCAUUUCCGAGCCGGAAGUUCCCCUGCUGCCGCCAGGCUUGGACCUAUCUUUUAUCAGCGAACCCAGCUGGGAUGUUUCGGGACCUGUUGUCUAUUCUAGCUCCCAUGUGCCUCAGGAUUGUUCUCCCAGCUUUGUGGCAUCUUCAGUCCAGACUCCGUGUGGUCACUCCCUUGGCCAAUUUCCAGGGUACGGUGUCCCCCAGUCAGCCGCUUGUGGCCCUCAUCAACCCAUGUACCCCUUCCAAGGCGGACAGGUUCCAUGCCCAAGGAGGUCUGCUUCUGAUCCAGCCCUUGCCCAAAGGAGGCCAUUGUUACCCAGGACCGACGCGCAGGGCCAGUAUGCUGUGCACCAGCCACAGAUCGCUGCUGGUCGCCCAGGAUCUACUGCCAGCGUAAGUACUUCGCAAGGCCAGAUGCAGGAGACCGUCAUGCCAGCAUCGUUGUCGCGACAGUCGUCAGGAUCUGUUGCAACUUACUCCAGGAUGAGCCCGCCUGCUCGGACUGUCUUGAGUCCUCGGCUGGAAACCGCGCCUCAGGCCAAGGGACCCGCCACUAGUAUGGUAGAAUCUGCCGCAGAGGACUUCAGCAGUUUCAUCCGGUAUGACCAGGAUGAUAAACUGGCACCCGGUCCCAUGAGGUUAGAUUCAUUAGAGACGCGGUCGUUUCGUCGCAAUACUAAUGUAUUGUGUAGCUAUGGCCCUAGCACUUACGUGUCUGCGCCAUCGCAAGUCGGGCCCACUAGAGACGUAAAGGCCCACAGUGAAUCUGGCCCGCCCCAGGCCUCAUCUACUGCUUCUAGCGAGAUGGACGAAGGUCGUCAUAGGACCCAUCACCUGUACAAUGAAGGCCCAAAGGCCGACGGACUGUACCACUGCCCUUUCAAGACCGACCCUAGCUGCGGCCACAAGCCAACUAAGCUGAAGUGCAACUAUGAGUAUGAUGACCCACCCUCUCUGCUCAUUACACUACCCAUGGCUGCAUGCAACAAUCGCUGACACCUCGUGUAGCAAGUUCAUUGACUCGCACUUGAAGCCAUUCCGCUGCAAGGUCGAGGCCUGCUCCAAGCAGGAGUUCUCUUCUACCGCAUGUCUCCUUCGACAUGAGAGAGAGGCCCAUGGCAUGCACGGACAUGGUGACCGUCCACAUCUCUGCUUUUAUCCCGGCUGCGAGCGUGGUAUACCUGGCAAUGGUUUCCCCAGGAGGUACAAUUUGUUCGAUCAUAUGAAGCGUGUCCACGACCACCAGGAUGAGCGAUCUCAAAGUUUCCGCGCCCCGGAGUCUCGGGGCAAGGCCGCCGGCCGCAAAAGGAAAGCCGGUGCUGCAAGCCAUGAGGCUGCUGCCCAGCGACAAAAGGUACAGCAUGUGCAGCAACCUACACCUUCCAGGACCAUGUCUCCAGGCGGAUUCGCUCAGCAAGCUCCCAUGUUCCAGGAGCCACGCCACGACCCGCUUAGGCAGAGACAGAUCUACUCACAGUGGAACAACCAGCCAGAGCUUUUGGAAUUCCAGCAGAACAGCCUCCGGCCUGAUGAUGAGGCUAGCUUCCAGUACUUCAGCCAGAAUGUUGACGACCUGCGACAUCUUUCGCAUGAAGCUAGGCAAGGCUGA